AGAGAAGUGAGAGAAUUCCAGGCACAGUAAAGGGACUGACUGAACAAGGCAGUGUUCAUCACUGAGGCUUUCAUCAUGGGGGAUUGGUCCUUCCUGUCAGCUUUGUUGGACAAGGUGCAGUCACACUCCACUGUAGUGGGGAAGGUUUGGAUGAGUGUUCUUUUCCUCUUCAGGAUCUUUAUCCUGGCCGCUGGCAUCGAUACAAUAUGGGGAGAUGAACAAGCAAACAUGAACUGUAACACCAACAGCCUUGGCUGCAAGAACGCCUGCUACGAUCGAAGCUUCCCCAUUUCUCACCCACGCUUCUGGGUCCUCCAGAUCCUGAUUGUCUCCACGCCAACACUCAUCUAUCUGGGCCACGUCCUGCUGGUGAUUCGCAGAGAAAACAAGCUGAGGAGACGCAUGGAGCAGAAACUUGGUAAGAAUGGGUUGAUUAAAGCUCCAAAGUAUUCAGACGAACAUGGCAAAGUGCAGCUCAAGGGCGUCCUGCUGGUCAGCUACAUGAUACAACUUGUGGCCAAGGUCCUGCUGGAAGUGGCAUUCAUCGCAGGCCAGUACUACAUCUACGGCUCCUUAGUUAUGCCAUUUAGGAUUAAAUGUGAUCGACAUCCCUGUCCAAAUGAGGUACAUUGCUUCAUAAGUCGCCCCACAGAGAAAACCAUCUUUAUCCUCUUUAUGUUGGUGAUGGCCGCCUUCUCUGUGAUCCUCAACAUCGUGGAGAUGUGUCACCUGAUCUGCUCAAAGUUGAGCGAGAGGAAAAGGAGGAGCAGCGAUUUGGUUCCCUCAGAGGUGUGCAGUGUCAUCAAACCGAACCACAGUGAGAAAGUCACAUUUUGUUGAAGGACUGGGAACGGAGAUGGUCAGCGCUCAGAUGGAUCCUGCAGUCUGCCAAGGACCAUGCUUCCUGCUUUGCUCAAGAUUGUUAGGCAUAAAUAUUGAGAUAAGUCAUAUAUAGGUUUAAUUGUCAGAAUGCUACAUGUAUCUGAUGUAUCUACAUUAAUUCAUGAUAUAUUUUACUUUCUUAUUUACAGCUUUGAAUAAAUCAGGUCUGUGGAGUAGCAGCAAAAAUUGCAUUCAACCCUUUCUAUCACAAGAGGUCGAUGUAAAGGGGACAUUGUGUGAUCCAACAACUGCUGAUUAAUGUGGAGCUUGUGCUUGUGUGAAUCUUGAACAAAUCUCUGAGUUUACAGUCAAAGGGAAUCUCAAAUUCCCAGCAACAACAGUGUUGCGUAUUUCAAAUGUAGAUUGGGUCAAUAUCGUUAUCUGGUUCUUUCUCCAUGAGAUCAACCAAAGGACAGAGUUUAUGGAAAGGAAGGCCACGCUCUUACAGAAGUCAUCUCUGCAUAUUGUGGCUGAAGCACUGGCUCAGGGUCAUUUUCAAACUUCAGCUACAUAUAAAUGUUGUGUUUAGUUAAGCUUAGUUCAGGGCUGACAAUCUCCAUUGCAUAUUACUUUCUUAUAGGUUUUAUUUUUGACGCUGUGCCUGUGUAUUUGUUUCUACAACGGGUCACACAAAAAAUGUUAUAUCGUUUCAUUUUAAGAUUUUCAUGGGUGAAAACACAGUUCUUUAUUCUACUGCUGUAGUGGAAUAUUUUUCCUUCAAGCCUGAAACUGAUUUUUAAUCAUGAAAAACAUUAAAUGAAUAAAGCAGCGUAAAAAGUGGAUAAUGUGGCUUUAUACCUUUUACCUUAGUACAUUAUAUCACUCUUUACACUGCUAUUUACCACUGACAUUACUCACUGUUAUGACAUUAAAUACUGUUUUAAAUCACUUACUUAAAGGCUGA